UCGCGGGGCCUUGUGGGUAGCUGGCCGGGGUCUCCUGGCGACGACGAUGGCGGGGGAUGUGGGCGGUCGCAGCUGCACGGAUUCGGAGCUGCUGCUGCACCCGGAGCUGCUGUCCCAGGAGUUCCUUCUCCUCACCCUGGAGCAGAAGAACAUAACUGUUGAAAAUGACAUGAAAGUAAACAAAGACAGUCUUACUGAUCUUUAUGUGCAGCAUGCAAUACCACUGCCACAGAGAGAUUUGCCAAAGAACAGAUGGGGGAAAAUGAUGGAAAAGAAAAGAGAACAACAUGAGAUAAAAAAUGAGACGAAAAGGAGUGUCACGGCAGACGGGUUCCGGAAAAGACCCCUCAUUGUGUUUGACGGAAGUUCAACAAGUACAAGCAUUAAAGUGAAGAAGACAGAGAACGGAGACAAUGACCGACUCAAGCCCCCGCCUCCGGCGAGUGCUGCCAGUAAUGCCUUUCGAAAAUUGUCAGAUUCCUCUUCAAGUAUCUCACCCCUGAUUUUGUCUUCUGAGUUGCCUACGAACAAUAAAAUGGAGCACAGUAAUGAUGACACUAAACAGAACCAUGACUUAAUGCAUAGGAAAAGCCCUUCCGGCCCUGUGAAGUCGCCACCUUUGUCGCCUGUAGGAACUACUCCGGUGAAGUUAAAGCGCGCCGCUCCCAAGGAGGAGGCCGAGGCCGCGAAUAACCUGAAGCCCCCAGAAGCAAAGAGGAAGAUACAGCAUGUUACAUGGCCAUGAAGGAAAGUUUCCAAAAAUGUAAAUAUAACUAUAACUGUAGUUUUUCAAACAAGUUCACAUUUAUUGACAGUAUUUACAGAGAUCCUGAUUAUUGUGGAAUUUUCUUAAGAGGUUUAAAUUAGGCUCAAAAAAAUAAAGUCCUUUCCUUUCCUUUUCUCUUUUCCUUCCUUUAUGGGGAAAAUAUCUUGCCUUUCAUUCUCUGAUUAGGAAAGAAUUUUUUUUAAACAAAUGGUUUAGUAUAAGUCAUUUAUAUUGGCCCUACUCAAAUAAUUAGCUGCAAGUCUGGUAUAAAGCACUUGAUGAAUUUUAGGAAUUAUUUGCAUUAGUCUGUUUUGGUCUUUGGGGAAAUUUGAGGUUUUUUUAAACUCACAUAUUUUAGAAGUUCACAAUUUUAAUUUCUUUUCCCAAGCAAAAGGAUAUAACAGUUCAUCACAGUAUUCUGGUAAAUACUGCCAAACUCAUCCUCAAGGUUCCCCGUGGAAAGCAUAUGUGUAGUGCUGCCAAUAAACUGUUCAGAAUAUACAGAUAAAAUUGCUGUUCUUUAAGUACUCACAUUGCCUCUUUCCGUAAAAAUCAAAAGGGAAAGCAGUGUUCGCUAUUGCUCCUUCACUCUUAUUGUGAGUUGAUUUCUUGUGAGUAGAUCGGCCCACAUCUUAGAAGCUCCUGUCACGUGGCAGCCCUGCUCCUCCUCUCAUGUGGCUCUGACCUCCUCUCAGCUCUGGUAUCACUCCCUCCUGGGAGCUGAAUCAUUCCCAAAUGAGGCUGACUAAACUCUUCAGGGGAAGUAAUCAUGUUAGAGGUGGUACCUGACGGCAGAAAGUUUGCACAAUAGGAAGAGGGGGUAGAAUUCUAGAACUUGAGAAUCUGGAAAGCCUGGCAGGGAGGGGUACUUAGUGGGAGGUGCGGUCGGCAGAAGAGGGGUUCCUGAGUCAGGUCACUGGAGAGCAGCAGGGAGCAGUGGAUGGCCAGACAGACUUCCUCCCCGGGGGCCAGCACACGUGGAGGCACCACUGAGGUUUCACUGGUGUUAGUGGUAUCACUCCAGUGUGUAAUGGAAGUCAGUGGGGAGACAGGGUAGCCCUCAUGUUCACGAGUUCUGGUGUCCACUUCCUGCUCUGUAUUUCUAACCAAGGCCAAGGGUACUUUAUACUCUUUUCUUGUAUGACUGAUCUUCAGAUUGGGAUUUGCCUUUCAAUACUUUUUAGAGCAAUUCAUUCUUUUUUUGAUUUGUUAAAACAAGCAUUUUAGUUCAGGUACUGAAUAGCCUUACAAAAAAUUAAUUCAGCCUUGCAGGUAAGUACUCUACUAAAACUUUAACCCUACGGUUUUUAGCCUUUCUGCCUUUAUCCAGACUAUAAAUCCGUACACGUAAGAUGAAAUUGUGUGGCAUAAAUUGUUAAUGUUUUGGUAAAUUGUUAAAUGUUUGGUUAUCUGCAGGGCUGAUAUUUGGAAUAUUGCUGAAGGAUAAGCAUAAUCCAAUACGUGACUGUGUACUAAGGGAGAUUUUCAAAGUGUAGAUUUUAGGGUAGAUAAAGUUACAUUUUAUAUUUUGUUGUCUCUUCUGCUUCCAUCUGCAUUUCUCUCUUAGUUAAGAGAGAUUUAGCCAUUUGACAGUUUUAAGUCAGUGGAAACUUAUUUUUAGUUACUCAAUAAAAUUAAUUUUUAAUUUGUAUAUUUAACUUACAGAGUAGGUUGGUAAUAACAGCUAAACUGUGUAACGUUGCUUCAAAUUGAAGUUUAUAUUAUGAACAUUCAGAUUCGGUGCUCAUGUAGCAGCAUAUUAUUGAGCUAUUUUGAGUUUGACAAGUGGAGAAGCCUCAACCCUGUGCUGUGUCUCUCGUAUGCUGACAUCCGAGUGCUGGGCCGCCUUGCGGUGCUCGGACACAGCUCCACGGGCGAUGGUAGGGAUCCGAGUGUUGCUUUGUGGGCUUUAGAGCUUCCAAGCCUCGAUCUGAACGGCAUACACCUGGACUACCCCUCAAUCCCUGACGUGGGCUCAUCUGGUUGCUUGGAUUCCUUCCUGGGGUCAGCAAAGGGCUGUCAGUUGAGUCAGGUGGUUCAGGGUGUAGGCAUGUGUCUACUUCCUGCCCUUGGCAGGCGGUCUCAUUCUUUUCUUCCUACCCUUCUUGUUCCUGUUUUCCUUUUUCUUACUCUCCUCUCCCACAGUUUCACUUUCUCUGCUCCUUCUCCUUCACCCUAUAGAUCUGAGCACCAGGCUUAGGUUUGCAAGUCGUAUUGCUCAGCCACUGGGGCUGGAGCCUGGUGAGCCCCGCCUCCUUGAGGACCACAGACACUGCUGUGGGGGUCUGCGAGUUCAAGACCCUGUAGCACCGGGCGCAGAAUUGCCACAGUGGCUGUGGAGGCGGGGCGGUUGACCAGGAUCGCUUCACUAACCUGGGCAGCGGCCAGGCACUUUGCAAGGCUGGUUCAACUAGUACUAUGAGGCAGUAAUAUUUCUGCUAGUAUUAAAAUUCUUCAGAAUUGUAAUUAUUAUUUGAAAUAGUGUUUUGGUUGACUUAAGUUUUGAGAGAUGAUUCUAAAACUGAUCUAGAAACUCAUUCAAUAGCAACGACCUUUUAAAAACUUACAUUAAGUGAAACUGCCAGUAGAUUUAAUCAUAUGUAUGUAAGAGCUUUCUUCCUCUGUUUACUACUGUGGAACUUCAGUAAUUUUUAGAGGCUCCCAAAUGGUCAAAAUGUUUUUAAGUGUGCUCUUUUAUUAAAUGCUUGUGUAGGUUUUGUAAUUCAUUACAGAAAGUUUAACCUUGUAAUGUACAUUUUUGUAUGUAAAAAGUCUUUUAAGUAGCCUUAUCCUUAUUUAAAUAAAAGGAAUUAAAUUGAG